AAUAAUGGAAGAAUCUGAUUUUAAAAAAUAUAGUGAGAAAAUUGAUAAAUUAAAAGAAGAAAGGAACUUGAUGAACCAACAACUUGACCAAAAAAUUUGUGAUUUGGAAAAGAUGAUGGAAGAUGUUAAAGAAGAAAAGAAAUUAAUGAAUCAACAACUUGACCAAAAAAUUUUUGAUCUGGAAAAGAAGAUGGAAGAUGAAAUGAAAGAGAAACAAGGAGAGUCUUCUGGUGGCGGGAAAAGGAAGUGUGAAGAUACAUCCACAGAGGCAGAGGAACGUUCAGUCAAAAAAAUUCGACUUGAUGUCGAUAAAGAAUCUGAAGAUGUUAAGGAAGAGGUUGAAGAUCAGGGGCUUAUUGAGGUUUGUUAA